CUGUUCUGCUCCUAAUUUAGCUACCUGGGUGAUAAGCAGCAGUAUAUAGCGGAGCCCAGCCACCCCCUCGCUGCGGAGGAGCUGCGGAGCUGACACAGCAGGAUGGCCAGCCGGAAAGCCGGGACCCGAAGCAAAGCUGCUGCCAAGCGUGCCCAGAGGGGCUCCUCCAACGUCUUCUCCAUGUUUGAGCAGUCUCAGAUCCAGGAGUUCAAGGAGGCAUUCAGCUGCAUCGACCAGAACCGUGACGGCAUUAUCACGAAAUCAGACCUGAAGGAGACCUAUUCCCAGCUUGCCCUGUGGUGCCAAUGCUCCGUCCCCCCACCCCGCCCCAGAGCAUCGGCCUACCCCUGGUGUCUGAGGAAGAGGGGAGCCCUCGGAGCAGGAGAAAGGCAGGGAAUUCUCAACCACCACAGGUCUAUGGGCUGGUGCCCAGUAAAGGAGGGUCCUGCCAGGAAAUUGAACAUGAAGGAUGAGGAGCUGGACGAGAUGCUGAAGGAGGGGAAGGGCCCCAUCAACUUCACUGUCUUCCUCGCACUCUUCGGGGAGAAGCUGAAUGGCACCGACCCGGAGGAAUCCAUCCUCAACGCUUUCAAACUCUUCGACCCCGACGGAACCGGCCACGUGAACAAGGACGAGUUUAAGCAGCUCCUGCUGACCCAGGCAGACAAGUUCACCCCGGAGGAGGUGGAGCAGAUGUUCGUGGUGACGCCCAUCGACGUGGCAGGAAACAUUGAUUACAAAUCCCUCUGUUACAUCAUCACCCACGGCGACGAGAAGGAGGACUGACAGGUGAUGCGGACAAUCAGCAUGUGUCCCACGCCUAGCGCCAUUGAAAUAAAAGCCCAAGCCCAUCAAA